UCAGUCAUCGACUAGAAACCAAAAUUGGGUGUGUUCAUACGAAAAUCUACAAAAAUAUUUAUAUUUUUUGAAUUAUUAUUCAUUAAUUCCAACUAAAUUGUGUGAAUCUUUUUUGGGAAUUCGUGUAGACAGACCAUAGUCCGCGAAUUUCCUUCAAUAAAAGAUCUGUUCUAAUUAUAACCUAAUUUUACUGUAGUCGGCUUAUUUUGAUUUUUGAAAAAACAACAAAAAAUGACUGAAAAAUUUCGAUUUGGUAGUGUAGUUUGCCCGAUUACAUGCCAUGCAUGGAACCAUGAUCGCAGCCAAAUUGCAUUUUCGCCAAAUAACCACGAAGUUCAUAUUUACGAUGCUCGAGAUAAUACACCCGAAUCGAAACCGUUGGACAUACUAAAUCGCCACGAUUUACGCGUAAUGGGUAUUGAUUGGGCCCCGAAAACAAAUCGUAUCGUUACGUGUGCCGUUGAUCGAAACGCUUAUGUAUGGACUCAAGACGAGGAUCAAAAAUGGAAACCAACUUUAGUUCUGUUACGGAUAAACCGUGCAGCCACUUGUGUAAAAUGGUCUCCAUUGGAAAAUAAAUUCGCUGUGGGUUGUGGUGCUCGAUUAAUUUCUGUGUGCUAUUUCGAAGCGGAAAACGAUUGGUGGGUUUCGAAACACAUUAAGAAACCAAUUCGUUCGACAAUUACAACAUUAGACUGGCAUCCGAGUAACUUGUUACUUGUAGCCGGCUCAACUGAUUUCCGAGUACGUGUUUUUUCUGCAUAUAUUAAAGAUAUCGACGAAGCGAAUACACCUUCUCCAUGGGGCCCUAAAAUGGCCUUAGGACAAUUAUUAUACGAGAUACCAAAUUCAAAAUCCGGUGGCGGUUGGAUUCAUAGCGUUAGUUUCUCCGCUGAUGGGAAUAAACUAUGUUGGGUGGGUCAUGAUAGUUCGAUUAACGUUGUAGAUGCCACCAAAAAUUUCGCUGUAUCAAAACUUCGCACAGAAUAUUUACCAUUUUUAAGUUGUUUAUGGAUAACGAAUAAUUCCAUAAUUGCAGCGGGUCAUAGUUGUAUUCCAUUAAUUUAUACACUCAAUUCGAACGGUCAAUUGGUUUUCGCUGGGAAAAUUGAUAAUUCGCAGAAAAAAGAAGCUGGUGGAUUAUCAGCAAUGAAGAAGUUUCAAUCGUUGGAUCGUAAUGCCCGUAUUGAAACGAAUGACACGAAUUUAGAAUCAAUUCAUCAGAAUGCGAUUACGUGUGUGUGUUUGUAUAAAGGGACAAAACAGGAUGCUAGUAAAAUUAGUACAUCCGGUCUGGAUGGACAACUCGUUAUUUGGGAUUUGUUUGCAAUUGAAAAAAGUAUGCAAGGUUUAAAAAUUGUUUGAAUGCUCAAAGUAUAUUCUUAUUUUCUAUAAAAAUGUUUUAAGAAUUAGUUUAACUGUAACAUGAAUCAUUUUCUUUAAAUAAAACGUUCUUUUUUUAAAAGUU